CACCUACCUUUAUACCUCCAGGUGUCUCACAAAACAGAACUGUGUCAGCCUCUUUUUGGAACUCAUCAGCCCAGCAGUUUGAGCAUUGCAUUUUAUUCACACGCACAUCUCAGAAGGAGGAAGAAAAAAGGUCAUCAAAAUGCCAGCCAGCCUCUGUAGUACAUGGGACAUCAUCAGCAAUGUUAACUUUGAGGGCUUCAUGAAUGCACUGGGUAUCAGCCCUUGCUUACGCAAGAUUGCUCUGAAGCUGAAGCUGAGGAAGGUGAUUGAGCAGAGGGGGGACCAGUACAUCAUUAAAACUACCAGCACCUUCCGAAACUACACCAUCUCCUUUAGAGUGGGUGAAGAGUUUGAGGAGUUUACCAAGGGACUGGACAACAGACAUGUCAAGUCACUGGUGACAUGGGAGGGGAAUAAACUGGUGUGUGAACAGAUCGGAGAGAAGAAGAACCGGGGUUGGGCUCACUGGAUUGAAGACGACAAGCUAUAUCUGGAGCUGUACUGUGAAGGAGAAGUCUGUAAGCAAGUUUUUAGGAGGAAGGUGAAUGAGUGAAGAAGAAUGAAAGUUGUAUUUCUGUGAAGUUACUCUGUGGUGAAAGGCAUCAUGUGAUCGGCCACUCUAAACCCUGAAUAAUAAAACCUCACUAGAAGUUAAGUUUCGGUAUUUUCUCCGUAAUGUGACUUCAAUUCAACAACUCCUGUCAGGGUAUAGAUUUACACCACUAGAUGGCAUCACUACAUUACUUUUGGCAGAUACUGGUUCACACUGGUCUGUGGCUUGGUGGUGCUUGGUCUCAGAUAUAUAUAUUUAAAAAAACAACAUCAAUGGCUCCUUUCAGCUGGCUGAAAAAAAUGAAUUGUUUAUGCAGGUUCUGUUUAGUGCAAACGUUUUGUUUCCUUCAAAGAUCUAUUGUUGGAUUGGACAAAUCUGAGAUACCACAUUUUCUUUUUGCGCUGGUUUGUGCUGUCCAUCUGACAUUUGGCUAAGCUAUUUGUAAAAAAUAUAAUCCUUCAUUCAUGUAGAUACAUUUAUACUUGAUGUACAACAGAAAAUUAGGUGUAGGAUAUUUGGAAUACUUUGUUUUUGUAUAUUUAAAUUGUGUAUAAUUUUGUAUAAUAAAAUGGGUUUUGAAAGAAAUCUGAA